AUGGAACAAAUUUUUCAACAAAGUUUUGAACGAUGGAAAUAUUUUACAUUACAUAUGGAUUAUACAAUUGUUGAUUAUCAAUUUCAACGAAUACCGUAUUCAUAUCGAACAUUUCAUCGAACAAUUUGGUUUAAAUUCAAUGCAAUCAUACAAUCGAUCUUUUUAAUUAUUGAAAUUUUUAAAUUUCCUAAUAAUUUAUUCAUUAGUCUUGAUGAUAUUGGUCGUAUUGUUAAUGCAGAUCGUAUUGAUUUAUUAUCAACGGAAAUGUUAAUUAUAUUCUGUAUAUUUGAAAUAAUAUGUUUCAAACAAAAUCGAUUAUGGAAAUGUUUUCGUAAAAAUUACGUUGAAUUUUAUGAUGAAACAACCAAAUUAAAUGGUUCAAUCAGUGUUAUAUCAUUUCAAUUAGAAAUGGUAUCGAAAACAUCAAUAAUAACAUCAUGUAUGUUUUAUGGUCAACAAGAUCAUACAACAUUUUAUAAUUUAGUUGCUAUUAUGGUAUUAAUGUCAAUAUUUGUAUUAACUACCGGUAUCUAUAAUCGUAUUUCAUAUCUACCAUCAUGUAAUCAACGUUGUUGUCGUUAUUUAUUAAGCUGGAUUGUACGUACCCAUUUGAAACGAAAAUUAUAUCGUUUUAAAAAACAGCAAAAAAUUUCACGUAAUUCUAUUGAAUUAAAUUUAUCAAUACAAACAAUGAAUGAAAAUAAUUUCGGUUUUUAUUGUGGACGAAUGUUUUUCAUUACAAAAUAUAAAUAUAUUGAAUUAUUAUUAAUGAAUAUACCGUUAGUAUUAUUAUUUUAUAAAAAAAUU